GAGAGAGAGAGAGAGGAAGAAAGAGUUAAAUGCUUAUGACCAAUGUCCAAUGCCGAAAGGAAGGAGGGAUUUCGUUGAUCUCGAGUUUGGUGAUUCAGUUCUAAACGUAUUGCAAAAGACGAACAUUUGGUGAUUCUGAUAAGUUGCUGAAUGGUCGUCGGGAUUUAGCAAAAGGAAAGAGAGAUUUCGAUCGUCUCGACUUUGUUGUGGGUUGAAACGUCGGGAUGGGUUUGGUUUUGAUGUUGGGUUUGAUCAUGACUUUGUAUCUUGCGAGCUUCGCUCCACUGUCAUAUGGGUACGAUCCAUUGGAUCCGACUGGGAAUAUCACCAUCAAAUGGGAUAUCAUACAAGGCGAUGUUGGCAAUUACGUCGCGAAGGUGUCGCUGUUCAACUACCAACUGUUCCGGCACGUGGAGCCACCGGGUUGGAGACUGAGCUGGACGUGGGAAGGAGAUGAGGUGAUAUGGAACAUGGUAGGGGCGGAGGCUACUUUGCAAGGCAACUGCUCUAGGUUAAAAGGCAAUCUCCCUCAUUCCUGUGAGAAGAAGCCAGUGAUUGUUGAUCUCCUGCCAGGAACUCCCUACAACAUGCAAGUGGCCAAUUGUUGCAAGGGCGGUGUCUUAUCAUCCAUGAUUCAGGACCCUUCAAAAUAUGGAGCCAGUUUCCAAAUGAGUGUUGGUGUUGGUUCAACUUCAGACACCGAAACCAAAUCACCGUACCCAAUCCCGGCAAAUUUUACCAUAGAGCUUCCCGGGUAUACCUGUGGUCCUCCUCUCAAAGUCCCUCCCAGCCGAUUUACCAGCGACGGUGGUCGUCGAUGGACACAAGCAGUUGGCACAUGGAACGUGACUUGUAUUUACUCACAGAUUCGAGCAUCGCUAACGCCCAAGUGCUGUGUCUCCCUCUCAGCCUUCUAUAAUGCCACAAUUGUUCCUUGCCCCACCUGCAGCUGUCACUGUCAAGGAUUACCGGGGGCAAGUUGCACCAACAGCUCCAGCAAGCUGCCGCCGCUACUCCAGUUACCACACGAUGCGACGGAAGAAGCGCCACCACUGGUAAGUUGUACGCAGCACAUGUGCCCAAUAAAGGUUCACUGGCACGUGAAACAAAGUUACCGGGAGUAUUGGCGAGUGAAAAUAACAAUCACCAACUUCAACUUCGCCAAAAACUACUCUCAGUGGAGCCUGGUGAUGCAGCAUCCAAACCUCGGAAGCUUGACCGAAGUUUUCAGCUUCAACUACAAGCCACUUAAUCAGCAUGGACCCAUCAACGAUACUGGGAUGUUUUGGGGAAUCCAGUUCUACAACGACAUGCUACUGCAAUCAGGCGAUGGCGGGAAUGUGCAGACGGAGAUUUUACUGAAUAAAGAUGCAGGAAUGUUCACUUUCAGAGAAGGGUGGGCUUUUCCAAGGAAGAUUUCAUUCGAUGGCAAUGAAUGUGUGAUGCCAUCUCCAGAGGAUUACCCCAGGCUACCCAAUAGUGCCAAUACUACUUUCAGAUUCACUCUUUUGAUAAUUCCUUGUCUUCUCAUUUUGAUGUUUCUAUUAUAGCAACUCUGACGCCAUAGCUUCUGUCUGUCGUCACUCAAAUUGUAGCUCCUCACAGUGCAGAGGGACUGGCAUGAAUUGGCACAUUCUAGUCCACAUUUCUUAAAUGGCAAUUGUAUUUGACCAAA